AUGAAUAGAUGCAACAUCUUCGACGUUAGAGAAGAUGACGAUGAGCAAAUCGAUACGACAUCAACAACAAAUAAUCGUGAUCUUGCGCAAGGUGAAAUUGUUGAUGCUAUCAAUGAUAUUAUCACAGAGUUUCUGGUCGAGCUGGGUAACAAAUCAUUUAAGAAAGAAAUUCAACACUUAAAUAAAGAGAUCGAAUUACAUUUGCUUGAGCAG